AUGUCCAUGGGAUGGACGCUGUGCGCAGUGCUGGGAUGCAUGAGGGUGAGGCGGAAGAAGAACAAGGAGAGAAAGAAGAAGAUGGCAUGGCUUCAUGAAGAUCUGAACGAUCCCGAACACCAAGGCCCUGGAAAACUGGCGGAUGUUCUCCGGAGUCGGCUAGGCGAUGAGAAGAAGAGACAAGCUGAAGCUUUAGAUGGAAAGGGGAGCUCCGAACGCAAGGUUGGGCAAGACCUGGCACAUUCGAAGAGAAAGAAUGGAAUGCAUCUAUCCAAUGGCAAACCAGCCGAGGGGAAAUGGAAGUCCAUGGAGAAGCGACGCCAGAUGCGUUUGAAGAAGCAGCAGAAGCUCUGGGAGCAAAGGGAGAAAAUGCAUUGGAUUGCGACAGAGCGAGAGCACAAUGCCAAGCUUUCCGCUGCACUGGACUCACGAACCAAACACCAUGUGGACAUCAAUCCAGGAGCCGCUGCCCCGGACGAAGACCUCAAGGAUGGGAACUACAAGUUCGGACCUCACUGGUCCAUCGGAGGCUCUCAGCCGGAGAUGGUGUCUGCUGCUGACCCCAAGGAGGAAGCAUCGUUGCAUUUCGAAGACAAGCUCACGGAUUCAGACAGCGGUGGUGAUGCUCAGAAUGUGGAGAAAUCGAAUUCAUUGUGA